AUGAGUAAAAGACACGUCGAACGCACAAUCAAGUCGCGUUGGCCGAAUUUGGCGACGACGAGCGCGUCGCGCGUGGAGAUUCUCAAUGACGGGGGCUAUCGCUCGGACGGGCGCAGACAGCAUGAACUGCGCGAUUUCAAUAUUGAUCUUGCAGUUCGCGGUCAAGCCGAUGGCUCUGCUAUGGUUUCUCAAGGCCUCACUCAAGUUCUUGUAACAGUCUUUGGGCCAAGAGAAGCGAGAUCCCCCACUCAGAGAAUACAUAAUCGUGCAUUCAUCAAUGUCGAAGUAAACAUUGCGUCGUUCAGCACGAGCGAACGAAGAAAGCGCUCCAGGAAUGACAAACGUGUCUUAGAGUUUGCUGCGGCCAUCAAGUCAACUUUUGAGCCGGUCAUUCAAACGCAUCUCUACCCCCGCUCAGAAAUAGAUAUAUUUGUCCAAGUACUGCAACAAGACGGGGGCCUUUUGAGCGCAUCUAUCAAUGCAACCACGCUUGCGCUUAUCACUGGAGGUAUCUCUUUAUAUGACUAUGUUUGUGCCGUUUCUGCCGGGGUGCAUGCGACUCAUCCUCUCCUCGAUUUAAACACCCUGGAGGAAAAUGACGUCCCCCAUCUUACAACGGCAGUUAUGCCUCGUACCCGCAAGGUCACACUGGUGACUUUAGAAACCCGCCUGCACGCGGACCGCUUUGAGGAAAUUUUCAGACUUGCAUGUGAUGCAGGGGAGGUUGUCCACAAAGAGAUGCGCCGCGCGAUCCUGUCUAGAACCGGUCAGCUUGUACGUGCUUUGGACGUCGGGCUACAGGGCGCCGCGCUUCAGAGAGAAGCAGAAGACGACCAAGAAAUGCCUCUUGACUAGUUCUUUGUUUUUGCCAAGGGCAUUGGCCCGCGCCCUCCUCGUGCUUUGUGAUCCCAUUACAUACUCUUCGAAUUCAAGAUCGCCGUGACAGUCUCGACUUUCUUCCUUCUCGAAGUCUAAAGGAUAUUGGAUCUCGUUUCCAAGCGACAUCUCCGACAUCGCCUUGCGCGGGCCUUCGAUCAUCACUAUUCUGUUUUGACACCAUGACCUCGAUGACUGCCUUCACAAGACAAGUCAAAGAGCCUCAUCGAGAAUUCCAUCCGUUUCCCACAGCUUACAACACAGUCCCCCCCAUCUGCAUUUAUCCAAUUCCUUCGACCGCAUUUUGACUAUGCGACGAUCCUCGCGCUGCCAAGGUCCGAAAUUGAGGCAAGUAAAUUCUCCGAUUGACGGGAAACAUGAAGAAACCAUCCGUGCGUUUUCCACGUUCCGGUGGCCAUUUCGCUGCGUCGCAUAUUCCUCGCUAUUCGGGCACCUGUACACGGAGUAUUGAAACAAUUGUAUCUCUACAAAAAAUUCCGCAUUCUUCAGCCUUGUGAGUAUUGACAUAAGCGGAUUUAUGUUUCUUGAAGACAAGCUUCGGGUCUUCCCAAGCAAUUCAGAACUCGGCGCGUUGCCUGGAAAUCCCGGAGUCGGUACUUAAGUGCUUCCGGGUCGGAGUGCUCCUCAUUUUCAGGAGACACAACGAUGUUACCUUGUGCCCGACUUCAGGUUCACGAGAGUUAUGUAGGUAGUGAGACCGGACCGCCGUGGC